UCUCGCGGUAAAUUAUCGCUACAGACAUUUCCCCCAAACGAUCCUGUCGCCGGUAGUCUGUAAAGUUAAAGUGAUGUCAAUAUUUGCAUUGUGACAUAAAUAAACACACAGACUAUACAUUCAGAAGAUUCAUUGUGUAUACAUUUCGUCCACUAUAGCACUAUGGAUGGUUACGGUUACUUUUUCGACAUCAGAAUAUGAUACUGCAAAGCAAUGAGCAAUGUUUCUGUUUCCUCAUAUAGCUUCUCAAGUAACUGUUCCAUAUUGAUGCCGUGAAUUAGAUUUUAUGAGUUUAAGCUGCACGUUGAAUUAAAUUCGACAUAUGACAGGCAGCACAGAAUAGUCGUUGACGCCAGAGCACAUAGUCGAUUUGCAUGUUUUGGCAACGCUGAUGCCCAAAACCACCCUAUGUCGUCGGCAGUCAGCAAUAGGGAGAGAGAGAUGGUCGUUAUGGCAGGGUUGGAUGACCACGAAAAGAAGAUAGUAAUAGAAUUUUGUCAUUUAUUAGAAAAAUCCAAACAACUGUUUAACGGCCUUAGAGAUUUGCCCCAGUAUGGUCAUAAACAAUGGCAGGCAUACUUUGGAAGAACAUUUGACAUUUAUACAAAGCUGUGGAAAUUCCAACAACAGCAUAGGCAAAUUCUAGAUACAAAAUAUGGUUUAAAAAGAUGGCAAAUAGGGGAAAUUGCUUCCAAAAUAGGACAAUUAUAUUAUCAUUAUUAUUUACGUACAAGUGAAACAAAUUACUUGAAUGAAGCAUAUUCAUUUUAUGCAGCAAUACGAGGUAGAGCUUAUUACUCAAGAGCUUCUAAGGAAGAUAGGUCUGAUUUGAUGGUAAAGAAGCUAAGGUAUUAUGCACGAUUUAUUGUGGUUUGUCUCUUGCUCAAAAAGAUGAAAUUAGUGAGAGAUUUGGUAAUGGAAUUAGACAAACAAAUUAUAGAUUAUACAAGCACCUACGAACCUGAUGAUCAGUUAGAGUGGUCUCUUGUCUUAGAAGAAAUAAAGUCAUUUAUUAAAGCUGAUGGUGUUGUCAGUGUUUUGCAUGCAGAUUCAAAUACCAUUGUGCUUUCCCACAGACUCAGUCCAUUAACAACUCCGCCCGUUGAGAAGUCUCCCAUUAUGAACCUCACUCUUCAAGAAAUACUCAUAAUUGGCAACUGCAAUGAUCAGGUAAAAUUUAGUGAACUGACAAUGGAUAUGUUUCGAAUGGUGCAAACCCUUGAAAGAGAACCUCAGGAUGAAUACAACCAUAUUUAUGAUGCAUCUCCUGCUCCAGUGCGGGCUUCCAUUGAAAAGAAUUAUGGUAUUGGAGGAAGUAAAGGUCCAUACCAGUUAGUAUGCCAAGAGAAUGGGGAUCGACCUAUGAAACGUGAAAAUCCUCACAAAUAUUUGUUGUACAAACCAACUUUCAGUCAAAUUAUGGUGUUUCUUUCAUCAGCUUUCCAGGAUUCUGCCUCAGCUGGGUUUAAAGAGCUACCACCAAAUGGAGCACUGCUGCUGUACAUUUCUGCAGAUGGAUGCUUCUCAUCAGUUAAACAUCCCGAGGACAUGGGUUAUGACUUAGGAGGAGUUAUGACCAACAGCAAGAAGGAAGUGGAUCACCCCAAUAAAAAGGCAAUUCAGUUAAAAGAUAUGCACUGCUUGUAUCCUGGUGACCUCUAUCCUUUCACAAGAAAGCCGCUGUUUGUAAUUGUGGAUUCAGACAACAGCUUUGUGUUUCAACAUAUCCCACGCUACUUUGGACAGCCUCUUGUAGUGCUGAUGUCACCUCAGGACCUGCCACCAGCCUUUCAGGAUCAUCAGCACAAUGGAAGUCUCUUCACACUUUUCCUUCACAGUCCACUGACAGCCUUCUGUUUCAUUUGCAACAUUCUGAAUAUUCCUAUACACUUAUGGGAAAGAUGCCAGUCAUAUAUUGACAGAUUUGUAACAGAAGCAAGUAGACUGUUUACUCGCUGCAGAAUCGAUUCUGCGUAUUUACAGUUCUUUGGAGAUGAUUUCUUACGAUUGCUACUACUGCGGUACAUUUUCUGUGAUGUAGUGCUUCAUCUACACAGAUCUUUUAAGGGGAGGCAGUUAAGGCCACGUAGCCAGCCACCUUUGCCUGAUGGUGAUUUACUUGAUCACCCUGCAUUACAUCAUCUAGUUUUGGACCUAGCAUCUCAUUUGGAAGUUCGAUCGCACUUUGUAGAAAGUGAUGAAGUAGACUGAUCGCCGGCCCCCAUUGCUGUGACCCAAGAUUCCAGCAUUGUCACUGCUACAGCUGAUAAAAGUGUCAUCACCAUCUUCAUCUGCCACUAUAUCCUCAUCAGCUAACGCCCAUAUUUUCACUCUGCCAAUGAUCAAUUGGUAAAGGGUGAAUGGGAAAUGUUAAUUCAGUUCCAGAGAAAUCAUCCUUUUCAUAGCUUUAAGAAAAAAUAAUAUAUAAAAGUUGACCUUGGUGAUGAGUUUGUUGAUAUUUGUUAAAAGUAAUCAAAAGUUACCGAGCUUUGCAAGUUGCAUAGAGAUAUAGCUCUCGCUGGAGGACAUCCACUGACUCACAGGAGUUGUACUAGACGCUUUGCUUUGAGGGCAAGUGGGCUCAGUCAAAUAGGUUAUCCCAAUGAAGCACUGCCAUAACUGGGAAGUUGGGAUUUCCAAGAGGCUGUGAGACUAACUGAGCCCAUGCACCACAUGUAUUGCAGUGAUACUAGUCAAAUUUACAAAAUGCGUGGAAGGUGAGUAUGAUAUUUGUGCCGAAAAUCUGUAUGUGAAUUGUUUCUUAUGUUGUAUACAUAGUCCAGUUCGAUUUAGGGGUGUGUUGGUAGUUUGAGAGCAAGUGAUUCACUAUUAAAUUGAGUUAAGCCUUUUUUAAGACUGAGGAAUGUUUCACAAGGAGUGGAUGUUAACGCUGUACAAUAUUAUUUUGCUAAAGACGUUAAUGUAAAAUUGAGAACACUUAUACAACUACAUGUAUAUAUUUUGUAUUGUUAGAAUAGUAAUGUUUAACUUCUUCAGGAACUGUCAAAGUUUUGAAGAACUGUUAAACAAUUUCCAGCACACCCCAACAUGUAAAUACUGUAUUUAAAGAGACAGUAUUGUUGAGUUUUUGGGAACAAAUUUUUGUGGCCCUCUGUGGCUUUUGUAACACUUAUCUUCCACAUUGGGCUGCUCAUUCCUGCAGAUAUUGUUUUUGAAUGAAUAUUUACUCUAUCCUCAAAGAUUUCUCUGGUUUUAUAAUUCAGGGAUUAGUGUAAAAAUGCAAUAACCAUUUCAUACACAUAUGUAGAUGAUUUUAUCUUAGUCUGUUCACCAUGAGUAAUUAACUUUCCUUUCUAUGUUUUUAUCAUUGUAAAAUUGUAAUUCAAUAAACUGUUGCUUUUCUGUGUUGGAGAAAUAGAAUUUAACUUUCUGUGAGCACUGUAAUCCUGAGUCUGUUAUAUGAUUAUAUUCUUUAGUUCUUUCAUAUUUUGUGUAAUCUUUAGUUUUGACUGUGAAUAAAAUACACAUUGAGGAUCAGCUGGAGAAGCUGGCAGAUAGAGAACUACACACAGUAUGUUGCAGAAGCUAAAUGUUAAUUUGUUAGAGGUUGGUCUCAUAUCAGUUUCUGCUUAGACCAAAGUACCUAUACAAAUGCCUUGUGCAUGUGCAAUAUUUUGGUAUUCAUACAUGCUACAUUCGUGAAGAUAAUUCUGUUACUGUUUCAAAGGGAUUUAAUUUUAUAAUCACCAUUCAGUAUUAUCCUACAUCUAGUACACACACACACACACACACACACACACACACACACACACACUGUAUUUAUAAUGCCUAAAAUGUGUAGUUAUGAGGUUCAGCAGCAUUUUGUUGCCCUUUUAUUUUACAUUGUUAUGUCUGCCACAUCACUUUCAAAUUGAAUUUUCUUUUCUUUGUUUAGUAGUCACUUUAUUUGGAGAAAUCCAAAUUUCUGUGUACUGUGCUAUUUGGAUCUGUAGUGAUCAGUAUGACAAUUCAAAGAAUCAUUUUAGGCUAGAAAAGUUUUCUCAUAAGAUACCUAGCAGAUCUAUAAGAAUUGCUUUGCAUGUGAUUCUGUUUCCAGUUUACCUCAGCUACUGUAGUUAAAAAGUUUGCACAAAAGAAAUUUUCUCUCUCUUUCAGACAUGACAAACAUAAUAGUAAAUAAAUCACAGUAGUAGUAUUUUGUAGCGUAGGUGAAAAGGUUUGUACCAUGAACACCACCAACAUAACACCAGUUUUUAUAAUGAAGGCACUGGCCUUUUCCUCCUUCCAUAAUGUGCCUCCGUUAUUUAUGUAUGUGCCGUCUAAAUAAAAAAUAUUGUGAAAGAUGGGAAAGGUUAGCAUUCCCAGUAACUCUGUAGUGUUUUGAAUACAUAAGAGAAAAAUUGUCAGAUUGUUACAUACAUCAGGAGAUAAAAUGCUUUUCAAAUUGAAAAUAACACACAAUAUAGAUACAAUUUCUAUUAAUAUAUACUGUAAUACAGCUGCUACGUGCUGUUUGAUCUUUCUUAAUUAGAUUUCAACAUAUCAUUUUUUGUAUCAUAACUGACUGAUACCAUUAUCUGCUUGAGGGGUUUCAAUAAUCAUUGCAACAUAUUAAAUCAAAUAUUUAGCAGAUACAUUUGAAAAAUACACACACUAUAUAACAACAAAAAAUCAUCCUUGUAUUAAUAGUAAUGUUCCUUGCAGUAUAUAUUGCUGGAGGAAAAUCUCGCUGAAUGUAGAUAUAAUGCACAACUUUGACUAAUUGCGCAGUUAGAUGUUAGAGAUUCCACAGCACCAAAUUUCAGUUAAUUUACUGAAUUCCUAGAAACUGAAUUUAUUAAAAGCAAGUAAAGAUACAAGCAUCUUGUUAUUUUGGAGACUUAUUUUUAUAAGAUAUAAAACCUAGACACAUCUUUUAUCUAGGUAAUAUAAUAUUGUAUGAAUAAGUGACACUGUGGAAAAAAAUACUUUACUGAUAUAACUGUUCAAUAUGUGAUGAUUACCUGAAUAUCAUCUAGUACUACUAACAUGCAUUGAAACUUGUUAAUAUCUCAUAUGUGGACCAUGUGCCUUUUCAAAGUGCUUUUCCUCAUAGUUUGUAAGCUAUUGUUUCUGGUGCUUUUUCAUGCAAAGAGAAGUUCAGCUUAAUGGUCCAUUGUAUGUUGCUGCAGCUUCUCUCCUGUCAGCGUGUGUCCUGCUUUUGACAUUUUCCAUUAAGAGAAAGUUGCCCUAAAUAACGGGAAUAUAUAAGAGAUUCAUUUGUCUUUCUAUAAAAUAGUACAAAUGUCUGAAACUCUCCAAAUAAAGUGACAUACGUUACUUUUUGAAAAUUGCAUUCCUGAAUGUAACACAAAUCAGAAGGUUCUUUAAAAGUAGUAAUAUACUCUAUGCAGUAAAGUUUGUUUUAUUGUAGUUACAAAAUAGUCAGAUAUUUAUUGUGUAAUUAUUUUGUCAUGUCAGUGUGUUUAUUUUGCCUUCCUUACAAAUUGUAAACUGAAGUGUACAAAUAAUUGUUGUGCAAAAAUAGUAUGAAAUAUCUCCAAACAGAAUAAAUAACAAUUUAACAUGAAA